UCAAAGUUCGAUUUAUUUCGAUUUAUUGUGAACAUGGUAAUUUAAACAUAACCUACAUAAAAUCGUGGUAAGCUGAUUGUUUUGAAAGAAGUUCCUUUGUAUAUGGUUUAGAAAUUUUAUAUUAUAUUAUUAUAAAGUGAAAAAUGCAGGAAACAGCUACUGUAAAGAGCAUGAUUAACAAUCGAAACCGUGAUUGUUUAGGCUGUAGAAUUUUCAGUGGCUGCGGUCUUAUUGGUUCCGGCUUAUAUGUUGCAUAUCAUUCAAAAAAAUUCCAGAAAUGGACUGGAAAAACGACAAUGUAUACAAUUGGAAGCGCUUUAAUGCUGCUUGGUACUGCUCGAGUUUUGGACCUCCCUCCAUUUCGCAAACAAUUUAACCAUGGAUAACUCGUAAACGAAUAUUUAUUCAACUUUCAUUACUUAUACAAAUGUUUUGAUAUCAUUUUGUUAUCUGUUUUUAUAUUUUUACUAUAACUGUGAAAUAUAGAUACAGAUAUAGUUAUUUGAAAAAACAUUGGAUCUAUUUUCGUAUUUGUUUUUUUAUGUAGAGAUAAAUAUGAUCACAAACUUUUUUUAACGUAGACUAGUAAAUCUGUUUAGAAGCUAAUAAAGAAACAGUAAACAAACAA